CUAAAGAUAUAACUCCAAAGAUUCUAAGUAACAAUGAAGGUUUAGCUAAAAGAACAGAUAAAGUAAUAUUAGGAGUUGAACAAUCAGUUGAGGAAGAUAGAUUUACAGAAAUACUAAGUAGAAAAAACAGAAGAAGGAAAAAGGCUGAUGAAUUAGCCUCAAACAAAAG